GACCGCCACAGCAGUCGCGCCGCACUACCAGCGUAUCGCCACCAGUAGUAACGCCGUCUCCGGUCGGAACGCUCAACGUUUAGCCGGCGCGUGCUUGUCCGAUUGUGGUGUGUCUGCGUCGCGUGCGAUCUCCGGUAUGACAGUGGUAGCGUGAGCUAUAAGGUUACCUAUAAUAGUCCAUCGUCCGCCGGUGGAGAAAUCGUCAAAAAUCUCGCGUCGUGGUUGUGCUCAACUAAGAGAAAUUAUGCGGUUGAAUUUAAAUAGUACCGAAGAAUCGGAUAUAAAAGAGGAGUGCCUGGACGGAAUCAAAGCAAAGACGGGAUUAGUACGAGUGAACGAUUCCAAUCGAGGUUCGUUAACCGUACGGUUGGUGUUGACGCUGGAAUGUUUGAAACUCCAGAAACAAGAAGUAGUCGACAACCAUCAUUCGUCGUCGUCGUCAUCGUCCGAGGAUACCGUCGACAACUAUCAGCCUAGUCCCAACUAUUAUUUGCGAUAUGUGACCGUGGCAAGAAAAAACGGUAGCCUCGGAAUAAGCGUCAAAGGUGGUCAAGAGAACAGCUUGCCGAUAUUGAUAUCGAGAAUUCCCGAAGGAGGAGCCGCUUACCACACAAAAAGGUUAUUCGUAGGAGAUGCUAUAAUAAAAGUGAACGACCAGUUGAUCACAAAUGCUUGCCACGAUGCAGCUUUACACAUUUUGCGAAAUUCUGGAAAUCACGUUACAUUAUUGGUCAAACACUACAAAGCUGCAGCGCCAUUUUUACUAGGAGGGAGAGGGAACGGUAGUAAAAACAACAACAAUAAUGGAGAAAGUGACACAGAAGACGGACCAUGGAUGGAUUAUCUUAUAAUACCGCUGAUGAUGGGUUAUGUAACCAGAUACGUGCAGGGUACGGACAAACUGCGGCGAAACGGUUUCGAAGUGCAUGGCAUGAACGAUCUGAAUUCUACCAUCAUACAUUGCGAUAACGUCAAAAGUUUGUCCGAAUGGGUCAAACUUAUUUCAGAAAACAUCGCAAAUCUCUCAGAAAUACAAAUUAAGCUCUACAAUUUAAAUUUUGGUAUCAACGAGAAAAUCGAGUACAUGGGAUGGGUUAACGAGGGUGUGCUGAACAAUAACCACCCUUGGCAAAGUUACUGCGCAAGGUUCAUGAUAAUCAGAGGUCGUGACGUAUUGCUUUUCGAUACUCCCCCGAUGUCCAUUACGGAAUGGUUGGACUGCGGCGUGGUGUACAAACUGUACGAGUCCAUGUUGAGACUAGUGAAGGAUGCAGAAAACGUGGACCAGAGGCAAAAUUGUUUUCUACUACAGACAUCCAACGGGGUGUCCCGGUACUUUUCAAUGGAAACCAAACAGGGUCUACUGGAUGUGCAGUGCGCCUGGCACAGGUCGAUAUGCACGUCCAUGAUGCACAUCAAAAGCAGAACGUUCUACGUGUUGUUUGGCAACAACCAACAGCCGUCAAACUUAAUACUGGAUUGGGACAACGGGUUCACAUUAUACGACAACUGGACGAAUUCGAACGUUUGGACGUACAAAUUUUCCGAGCUCCGUGGAUCCUCUGAUGAUCACAUUUCUCGGCUAAAGCUUCACUUCAACGACAACAGCUGUAUCGAAACGAAGGAAUUGGUAUGUCAAGACCUGCAGAGUUUGCUGUUCUGCGUGCAUGCGUUUCUGACCGCCAAAGUGGUGUCCGUAGACCCUUCGUACUUGAACACCGAAGGGAUUCAACAGCUGUAAGACGCCGCUGCGCUUAACCAAUUAUGUUGUGUAUACUAUAAUAUAUAUAAUAUUAUAAAAUUUAUAAUACUGUGCAUAAGAAUGUUGCCGAUUUACACGCGAUUCGAAUACAAUACAUAGACUCAGUUAUAGACGAUUGUGCAUAUUAGUAUAUUUUACUAUUAAUAUGGUUGUUUAUAAAAUAUAGUCAAUAAUAUUAUAAUAAUGUAUAUUAGGAAACGUCAUAAUAUAAUUGGAUUACAUUUUAGCGUUUCAGGCCGUCACCGCGUGCUAAUAACUGUAAUAACUAAUAACGGUCGUAUUUUAUAAAAUACUUCCUAUUUCGAUUUUCGAUAGGCUUAUAGGUAUAUUGUAUGUUUGACUUCUAAAAUGUCAAUCUCGUCCGUUGUGUAGGUACCUAUCUACGACAAUUAAUUCUGCAUUUAUAAUAGUACCUAUAGAGUUUGUGCUUAAGUCGUAUUCGGGCGAGAUCAGACAGAUUGUUAUUUUAGCCCAACAGUCUUGGAAGAGACCCAAACUUCGAGUGGUACGCCUCAUGUUGUACCUAAGCCCGUUGACGCAAUGAUGGUUGAAAUUUUGAGAGAGGGGUGGAGACUACAGUUCUCACCAAAACGGCAAAGUAUUAACUUAAAAUAAGCAUUAGGACUCCACCCCCUACAAUCCAUCAGAAAUUUUAUAUUCUGCGCAAAGAUAAAAUGUAUUGGUUUUAUAACGAUACGAGUUUUUUUUUUUAUGUACUUAUGUGACGACAGUGGGACACUAUUGUGAGCCAAGUAAGCCAAUUAUACAAAAUAUGGUCUACCUACCCGAAAUUCUAUAAAUCAACCACUAUAUUAUAUCAAACCAGUAUUUUUUUUACACUAAUUAUUAAUACAAAAUGAAUACUUUUUACAUGAGCAUAACAAAAAAAAACUAUUUCAUCGUCAAAUAUUUGGGAGGGGGGGGGGCUAAAUGUUAGUCAAGCUUACUUCCCUGGUGGCACCCUAGUUGCACCACGCGGCUAGGCCUUUAUCGUUGAGCGUAUAUAUAUUAUAUAUAACUAUUACCUAAUUAAUAUUAUUAAUACAUUGAUCUUGUAGAGGCUGCAAUAAAAAAUUAACACAGGGUAGAUAACGGAGAAAUUUCAAUUGGGGGUGAACAUAAUUCUAUUCGUCUCUUGUAGAAUAAUGAUAAAUUAAUAUAUUAUUAGUCACCUAUUACUAUUGUUCUAUGCUAUCACCAUAAUAUUGAGCAUCGAUUUUGUUAGAAAAAAUACAUUUAAAAUAGCAUGAAUGCAUGAUAUAUGUACCUAUACAUUUUUUUUUAUCAACAAUUCGAGUUGUGAUUGUUAAUUAGUUUGUUGUGAUUAAUGAGUAAUUGUUUUUAUAAUUUAUAACAUUUUACAUUUGUCAUAUUUUAACGUCUCAUUCAGAUGACGUAUAUUAUCAAAUUGUGAACAUUAUAGGUAAUAAUAUAUUAGGUACCUAUAUUAUAAUAAAAUAUAUAUUAUACAAGUUGUCUAUAUAUUAAGUUGGGAAAUGUACAAAUUGUAUAAACUAUGUAUGACGUUUCCAAAUUCUUGAGAUACCUACACUGUACCUAUACAACUAUACAAAUAUAAUAAAAUUUAAUCUUAAAAAACAAACACACCUACCAAAUAAUAGAAGGUAACAUCUCCAAAUCCCAAUGUAUUUGUAUAGAAUAUACCUAUUACCUAUACAUAAUUAUUAUAUAUGUGUUUUGUACGUGCAGACGCCGUUACUACUGGAAAACUAUAAUAACGUACCUACCUAAUUAAUAUUAUUUAUUAUUAAUUAUCAUUGUUAGAUCACUUUUAAUUUAAGAUUAUUUUUCUGUGUUACUUAUUAUAUAUGUUAUAUGUAGAAAUCCACAAAAAAAAAAAUUAAUACUUUCUUGUUUAGAAACUAUUAGUUUCUUUGGUGAAUAAUUAAGGUUGUGAAGUUUUAUAGUAAUAAAGUAUAAGUACAUCUAUAUAUAUUUUUCAACUAAUACAUUUUUUCAUUACUCACUGUCACGUUGUACCGUACUAUUUGUAUUAUAAUCAGUUGUAAAAUAAGUAUGCAAAAUACAAACAAUUAUUACUAAC